AUGUCAGCCACUGCGACGCCGUCUUCCUCCCUCUCAUUCUUCUCCUCCUCCGUUUUCCUCUCCUCUUCCUCCCCGCACCUCCGGCAGCCGCCGUCUAAGCUUUUCUUCAAUUCCCCCAAACAACUCUUCUCCCUUAAUGUCUCCACCGCUCAAACUGGGACACGCGCUGAGGCAGCUACCCUUCCAGUCUUAUCUUAUGAAGGCACCGAAGUGGGCUCCACCACUCUCAACUUAAAGUCCGCUCCAUUAGACACCGCCCGCGCCGUCGUCCACCGUGGUAUCGUCACCGACCUCAGGAAUCGCCGCCGUGGUACUGCCUCCACCCUUACCCGCGCUGAAGUCCGUGGAGGAGGCAUUAAACCUUACCCCCAGAAGAAAACUGGCCGGGCCCGGCGUGGUUCUAAUCGGACCCCUCUCCGCCCUGGUGGUGGUGUGAUUUUUGGGCCCAAGCCGAAAGACUGGUCAGCGAAAAUCAAUAAGAAAGAGAAACGUCUCGCCAUUUCCACUGCCAUUAGCAGUGCUGUUGAGAAUGCGAUAGUUGUGGAAGAUUUUGGGGACAAAUUUGACAAGCCCAAAACCAAGGAAUUCAUAGCUUUGAUGAAAAGAUUGGGUUUGGACCCUAAGGAGAAAUCAAUGUUUCUGAUGACUGAGGUAUCGGAUAAUGUGAUACUUUCCAGUAGGAAUAUUGGGACUUUAAAAAUGUUGACUCCAAGGACUUUGAACUUGUUUGACAUUUUGGAUGCUGAAAAGUUAGUGUUCACAAAAGGUGCUGUUGAGUUCCUGAAUGCGAGAUAUGGGUUGGAUUCCAAUGAAGAAGAUGAUUAUGAAGAAGAAGAAGAAGAAGAAGAAGUACAAGAGGAUGAGGAAGGUUAGUUGGAUUUGGUUUGAAAGUAUUACUUACUUCUUGCCUUAAUGUGCAUUUGUGUUUGUUUGGGAAGUUUGUUCUCUUAGUCGAGAUUUGAAAGUUGUUUUAUUGAAGAUGAUCGAAAUAAUUGUCAUACAUUUCUCGCUGCAAUUUAUGGAUUUUUAUUACCAUUUAAGGAAUAUAUACCUAGGCUUAGUUGAUGUCGUGUGUAACUGCUAUAUGGUAUAUGCAAUAUGCAACAGUAUUUCUUUUAAGUGUUUACACUAUGGAUUACCAUUGUUCUUUGAUUUAGACCUUGUUUUACUUAUGGCUUGUCAAGUAAAUGUGAUCUGCAUUGUGAAUUUUUCGGGUUUGACUAUGCAAAUCAAGUCUGGAACUUGAGAUUGUGUUUGAUUUUGAAAGAGAGUAUUCGCUUAUUACUAAGUGACGAUGAAAGACAUGUUUCUUCAUUGGAAUAGAGGAGAAAAUAGUAAAGCCAUUAUGCAGAUGAUGUUUAUGAAUGAAUCCCUAGGCAGCCUGGGUUUGGUUUGUUCUCAAUUUCAAUGUUUUUUUUUUUGGCAAUUCGAUUUCCACAUUUGGAGAGUAACCCUGAUAUGAAGAUUGAAAGUGAGGUUUUAGAUUCGACUGUCUUGAUAUAUCCAUUAGUUUUGUUGUAUUACUAAGAUGGACAUACAUUGUUGAAGUUUGUGUGAUUGGAGAAGGAACUAGUUUCUUUUUAUUGUUCUUCUCAGUUGCGAAUGCUAAUUGCAAAUGCACACAAUUGUACUGUAACAGGAAAUCUCAGUCUUGGUUUAGUUCACAUACAGUUUUAAACACUAAAAAUAGCUGCUUGUUGGUUGCUAGUCUAGUACAACUGUAUAAAAGGUUCGUUAAUUUUCAAAUUGUUCUCAGGAGCUGGCGCAGAUGAGAAUUCGGAAUGAUGGUAUUGGACCUUUUGAGUUUGAUGGAGAUGAGAAAGCUAUGGAAU